AUGGCCGAUCAUGUGACCACUCAAGGAUCUUUGCAGACGGUCAUACAUCAGUCCGCUGAUGUCGUUUCUAAGUAUCAACACUAUGUACAUUACAUAGGAACCUCGGAGGACACCCCCAUGUUCCGUGAAAAACUGCACCAGGAAAGGCAGCUUAUAGGGAACAUGCUACAAGCGCUAUCGGCUCAGCUUGAACAAGACGGAAGAAAUCGGGGUGAUGCCGAAAAGGCUGCCGAAUAUGCCAAGCUUGCCAAAGAAUUGGCUGCAAUUUUUAGGAUAUUUCAAGAUGCCAAGAGGCUUGAAGCAAAACAGGAAGCAUUUUAUGUUCCCGUUGUUCUUCAACAAGCAAGUCUUUUUACUUCAAGAUCAAAGACCAAUGAAGCAGGCAUAAAUGCAGACCAGAACUCCAAUUUGCACGAUCUUCUGGAGAAAUUAAAAGGAAUGAAGGCUUUGCUCUUGGAAAGUGAGAACUCCCUCAAAGAGAUACUUAGAGACGGAGAGGAAGACGAGGAUGAAGUUCAUCGAAUGCAAGGAGAAAUUAACUCACUAAAGGCUUUCAUCAAUGACUAUGAAUCACUUACAAAGGAGAAAGCUCAUGGUACUGACGACAUAGAGAGUUCCCAGCAGGUAUCAAACGUUCAUCAAACAUUGAAGCGCAAGAACACUAUAGUUCGAAGAUACAACUUAUCAUUUCUGCAUUUGAAGGAAAGUACAGAAGUGCGUGGGACUCUUAAGUCAAAAACAACAAUGGAUCUUGAAGAGUUGAAUGGUUUCCUUAGUCAGUUUAACCUCAUCACGGAUGAUUUGAGGGCCUGA